AACAUGGCCAUGUAAAUGAUUGUGGGAUUCAUCAGUCGUCAUGAUAAUAUCAUUGUGUUCUUAAUUUAGUCCAUCAUGCACCAUCUGUUUCUUUAAUUUCCUGGAAAAUAGAAAAAAAAAAAAAAAAAAACAAUGGUUACUCAGUGGUCUGAUAGUCAGUUUUCGUUUACCAUUUCCAUUUCCGUACACAUAAUAUUCUUCUUGUUGUUGCAAUUUUCAGUUUGCUAUACUACUAAUGAUACCAUACUACCGGGAGGUUUCAUCAGUGACAGCCGAACGGAAGUUCUAGUUUCAGCGGGAGAGAGAUUCCAACUUGGUUUUUUCACCCCUGAUGGAAGCACUGAGAGGAGAUAUGUGGUAAUUCAGUAUCACAAAUUUAAAUCAGAAGUUGCAUGGGUUGCCAAUCGAGACCACGCUCUGUCCAAUAACAGUGGAAUUUUGGUCCUUACCAAAGAUGGACAACUCAAGCUAUUGGAUGAAAAUAACCGCAGUAGUGAGUAUUGGUCAGUGGGAAACAAGGGAUCAAAACCUUCUUCAAACAGGAAAGUGACGCUCAUGGAUUCUGGGAACCUGGUUUUGAGUGAAAAGGAUGAAAUCAGUGGGUUGUGGAGAGUCGUUUGGCAAAGCUUCGAUAAUCCCACUCAUACAUUUCUUCCUGGCAUGAGAAUGCAUAAAAAUAUGACGUUGACUUCAUGGAAGAGUGCAUCUGACGCAGAAGCAGGGGAAUUCACUUUCAAGCAAGAGCAAAACAGAGAAAACCAGUACAUCAUAGAGAAAUCACCAGGUAACAUAUAUUGGAAAAGCCAACUGUAUGCGGAUUUGUUUAGAUCCGGUGAUGAUGGCAUUAUCCGGACCAUGUCCUACUUGUUAUCAAAUUUCAGCAGCCAAAGAAGAACAAAAGAAGAUUUUAGUUCUGAUUUGCCGAACCAGAAGAUAGAUUUCAGAAACUUGUCGAAGCGUUCCGAUUAUAGUAACACAAGACUUGUCAUGAAUUAUGAUGGUCAAAUUCAAUUGUUUCGGUGGAACGAUAGGACAACUUCAUGGUUAAACGUAUGGUCAAAACCAAGUGAUUACUGUGACAUUUUCAGAAUUUGUGGGGAUUUUAGUAGCUGCAAUAGUGAAAACAAAAUUCCGUGCAAGUGUUUACCUGGGUAUAAACCCAAAUCAUUGGAUAGAUGGAACACUAAACAAUUUUCAGAUGGCUGUGAAGGAAAUACUCAAGUAUGCGAUGGGAACAACUUCUUGGACUUGAUUGUGAAGAUGGGAGGAGGUGUUGGUUUUGCUGUAAACAAUGCGGAAGACUGCAAAAACAAGUGCGCUGAGGACUGUUCUUGCAACGCAUACGCAUGCGGGAAUAGUACCACAAGAAAUGCAAACAGGUGCUGGAUUUGGUCAAAUGAACCCAUUAAUAUUCAACAGUAUGCUGAUGAUGGGCAUACAAUCUAUGUCCGUUCGGCGCAAUCUGAUAUAGUAGUGAAAAAAAGAGAUUGUGAUAUUUGUGGCACUGACAUAAUCCCCUAUCCACUGAGUACUAGACCAAAUUGUGGUGAUUCCAUGUACUAUAAUUUUCACUGCGACACCAGAACUGGGCAAGUUUACUUUGAUGCACCCAACAAUGACACUUACAGAGUCACAAAUAUCAAUAAAGAAAAACGGAUAUUCUCCAUCCAUAUCGAUGAAGGACAAACUUGUGGAAAUAUUGAUGAAAUGACAAACUUUCUGCAGCUCAACCAACCCCAAGUGUUUAAUGUAAUUGAGGAAUGCUCUAAUGACCUGAAAGAUACUAGUCCAAACUUUAUGCUUCAAAAUACCAGUUUACAAGAACUCAAAAUCCAGUGGCAUCCACCACCAGAACCAGUCUGUAAUUCAUCCACCAACUGCAUCGAUUUGCCAAACUCUGAUUGCACUGCAACAGGAAAUGGAACAAGUAGGUGCCUUUGCAAUGCACCAUUCCGUUGGGAUUCUAUGAACUUCGCAUGCACUUCAGUUGGCAAAGGUAAGCAACCUAAAGGAUCAACACAAAGACAUAUGCUUUAUGUUGCCUUGGGGAUUCUUGGAAGUGCUAUUUUCAUCUUGUGCACAACUUGUUCUAUAUUAUAUUUCAGAAGAAAAAGGGUGGCCAAUACACUAGAAAACAGAGGAAGCGUUCAGGGAAAUAUGGCAGUUCAGAUGUAUGACAAUGAAAGACACAUCAAAGAUUUGAUAAAUUCAUGCCAAUUCAGAGAAGAAGAUAAGAAAGGCAUAGAUGUACCAUUUUUUUCCUUCAAAAGCAUACUAGCUGCUACAGAUGACUUUUCAGAAGCAAAUAAACUUGGACAAGGAGGGUUUGGCCCUGUUUAUAAGGGUAAAUUUCCUGGAGGGCAAUACAUUGCUAUAAAGAGGCUCUCAAGUGGUUCAGGGCAAGGCUUGGUAGAGUUCAAGAAUGAGGUUUUGUUGAUUGCCAAACUUCAACAUCGGAAUCUUGUUAGACUUUUAGGCUACUGUAUUGCAGGAGAUGAAAAAAUAUUACUUUAUGAAUAUAUGCCUAACAAAAGCUUAGACUCGUUCAUAUUUGAUCGAACGUUAUGCGUGCUACUUAACUGGGAGAUGCGCUUUAACAUCAUAUUGGGAAUUGCUAGAGGGCUUCUUUACCUUCACCAAGAUUCUAGGUUGAGGAUUAUCCAUAGAGAUUUGAAAACAAGCAAUGUUCUACUAGAUGAAGAGUUGAACCCCAAAAUUUCUGACUUCGGGUUGGCAAGGAUUUUUGGAGGCAAAGAAACUGAAGGGAGUACAACCAGAGUAGUUGGGACCUAUGGCUACAUGUCUCCAGAGUAUGCAUUAGAGGGGUUUUUCUCAAUCAAAUCUGAUGUAUUCAGUUUUGGUGUUGUUGUGCUUGAGAUUAUCACUGGAAAAAAGAACACAGGAUUUUACAAGUCAGAACAAGCAUUGAGCCUUCUAGGUUAUGCAUGGAAAAUGUGGAAAGAAAACACAUCAUUGAAUCUGAUGGAUGCGGCAUUGGGCGAGACUUGCAAUGAAAGUGAAUUCAUGAGGUGUGUUAAUAUUGGACUCUUAUGUGUGCAAGAGGACCCAAGCGAACGACCCACCAUGUCGAAUGUGCUUUUCAUGCUUGGCAGUGAAUCUGCAAGUCUUCCCAGUCCUAAGCAACCGGCCUUUGUUGUCAGGAGAUCUCUUUCUAGCACAGCUUCUUCUAGUAAACCAGAAGCCAUUAAUGAGUUAACAGUUACAAUAGAAGAGGGAAGAUAGAAAUCUUGCCGGAAGGGAGAUACCAUACUGGUUGAUGAUGGCUCCAUUAGAGACAAGGAAGAUGAAAUUCUAGUUUCAGCUGGAGAAAAAUUCCAGCUGGGAUUUUUCACCCCUGAAGGGAGCAGUGAUACUGAUAGCAGGAGAUAUGUGGGCAUUUGGUAUAAUGACAAAAAUAUUAAACAACGAGAAGUUGUUUGGGUUGCCAAUCGGAACAAACCUCUGUCCAGUAAAACUGGAAUUUUGGUCCUUGCAAAAGAUGGACAGCUCAAGCUGUUAGAUGAAAGUAGCAGCAACAGUACUGCUAGUGAGUAUUGGUCAUCCAGAGUUAAAGGAAUCUUAGCUUCUUCAAGCAUGAAAGCGACGCUCAUGGAUUCUGGGAACCUGGUUUUGAGUGAGAAAGAUGAAGUUGUUUGGCAAAGCUUUGAUAAUCCGACUCAUACAUUUCUUCCUGGUAUGAGGAUGAAAAAGCACAUGAGGUUGAUUUCAUGGAGAGAUCCAAUUGACCCAGGAACAGGGGAAUUCACCUUCCAGCUAGAGCAAAACAGAGAAAACCAGUACACCCUAGAGAGAUCAGGUAAUAUAUACUGGAAAAGCCAACUUUAUGUAGAUUUGUUUAGAUCUGGUGAUAAUGACAUUAUUCGGACCAUAUCCUACUUGUUAUCGAAUUUCAGCGGCCAAAGGAAUUUUAGUUCUGAUGAUACAGCGAAAGGGAAGUUAAAUUUCAAUAAUCUCUUGUCCAAGCCGUCUGAUUAUAACAAGACAAGACUUAUCUUGAAUUAUGAUGGUCGAAUCCAAUUGUUUUUGUUGAACAAUGUGACAUGGGCUAAGUUUUGGUCGGAUUUACCAAGUGAUUACUGUGAUGUUUUUAAUCUUUGUGGGAACUUCAGUAGCUGCAAUAGUAAAAAUAUGAGCCCCUGCAAGUGUUUACCUGGGUUCGAGCCCAAAUCAUUAAGUCAAUGGAACAAAAGUGUAUUCUCAGAUGGCUGUGUAAGAAAGACUCCAGUAUGCAAUGGGAAUAUUGGUAACGAUGACAAUUUCUUCAGUUUUAUUGAUAUGGUGAAAGGAGGUGUUGGGAUUGAUAUAGACAAUGCAAAAGACUGCAAGAAGAAUUGCAUUGACGAUUGUUAUUGUGAUGCAUAUGCAUACGGGUCUAGCACCAAAAGCAAUGAACAAAAAUGUUGGAUUUGGUCACGAGAACCCAUUAAUAUUCAAGAGUAUGAUGAUGGUCAGCAAAUCAAUGUUCGUGCGGUGAAGUCUGAUACAGAACUGACAAAAAGGGAUUGUGGGAUUUGUGGCACUAACAUAAUCCCCUAUCCAUUGAGUACUGAAUCAAAUUGUGGUGAUCCUAAGUACUACAGUUUUCGUUGUAACGACACUGCUGGGCAAGUUUCCUAUGUUACACCCAAUAAUGACGCUUACAGAAUCACAAACAUCAAUAGAGAGCGACGGAUAUUCUCCAUCCAUAUUGAUGAGGAACAAAGUUGUGGAAAUAUUGAUACAAUGAAAAAUAUUCUGCAUCUCAACAAAUCCCAAGUGUUCAAUGUAAUUAGUAAUUGCUCCAAUAAUCAACGGAUGAAUUCUAUUCCAGGCCUUGUGUUUAGCAAAACAAGUAAUUUACAAGAACUAGAAAUCCAGUGGGAAGAGCCAGAACCACCACUCUGUAAUUCAUCCAUCAGCUGCUCCGAUUUUCCGAAUUCUCAUUGCAACACAACAGGAGAUAAAAUUGGUAGUUGUCAAUGCAAUGCGUCAUUCAAAUGGGAUCCUAUGAACUUCAAUUGUACUUCACCUUCAGAAGUUACAGAAGAUAGCCCCCCUGCACAAUCUAAAGGAUCUUUAGAAACAGAGAAGCUUUAUGUUGUCUUCUUGGGGAUUCUUGCAAGUACUAUCAUUAUCGGGUGCGCUGCUUGUUGUAUGUACAAUUUCGGAAGGAAAAGGGUGACCAAUAGUUCACGAAACAGAGGAAACAUUCAAGGAAAUAUUGCAGUUCAGAUGUAUGACAAUGAAAGACACAUUAAAGAUUUGAUACAUUCUUGCCAAUUCAGAGAAGAAGAUAAGAAAGGCAUAGAUGUACCAUUUUUUUCCUUCAAAGGCAUACUGGCUGCUACAGAUAACUUUUCAGAAGCAAAUAAACUUGGACAAGGAGGGUUUGGCCCUGUUUAUAAGGGUAAAUUUCCUGGAGGACAAUACAUUGCUAUAAAGAGGCUCUCAAGUGGUUCAGGGCAAGGCUUGGAAGAGUUCAAGAAUGAGGUUUUGUUGAUUGCCAAACUUCAACAUCGGAAUCUCGUUAGACUUUUAGGCUACUGUAUUGCAGGAGAUGAAAAAAUAUUACUUUAUGAAUAUAUGCCUAACAAAAGCUUAGACUCGUUCAUAUUUGAUCGAACAUUAUGCGUGCUACUUGACUGGGAGAUGCGCUUUAACAUCAUAUUGGGAAUUGCUAGAGGGCUUCUUUACCUUCAUCAAGAUUCUAGGUUGAGGAUUAUCCAUAGAGACUUGAAAACAAGCAAUGUUCUACUAGAUGAAGAGUUGAACCCCAAAAUUUCUGACUUCGGGUUGGCAAGGAUUUUUGGAGGCAAGGAAACUGAGGGGAGUACAACCAGAGUGGUUGGGACCUAUGGAUACAUGUCUCCAGAGUAUGCAUUAGAAGGGACUUUCUCAAUCAAGUCUGAUGUAUUCAGUUUUGGUGUUGUUGUGCUCGAGAUUAUCACUGGAAAAAAGAACACAGGAUUUUACAAGUCAGAACAAGCAUUGAGCCUUUUAGGUUAUGUGAGUAUUACAUAAUGUCGUUAUUGAACC